AUGUCGUCGGAAUCACUUAACUAUGCCAAGUUGGGAGGCAUACAUUCAGUGGCUGCUGCCGUCGUCUUUGCCGUGGCGUAUCUACCAUUGCUCGGGUACAACAUCGUCCGCGCUUUCCAGCGGCCGACAUACGUCCUAAUUGCGUUAGCACUUUUUUGCGCAAUCCGUGUAUCCGCAUUUGCUAUCCGCGCCGCGCUUGCGGCGUCAUCUACUGCAGGCGAAAAUGAAGAUCUGUUCAUCGCGGAGCAAAUCCUUUACAACGCGGGUUUCUUUGGCCUUCUUUAUUCAGCGUACACGCUGGUACUCGACCGUGACCAAAUGGCGGGACAGCGGGAUAUGCCUGGACUAUUCGGCUUGGCCACUCGCAUCACAAGGAACCGCCACCUCAUCCGUAUUGCGCUCCUCGUUGCCGUAGUAAUAGGUAUAAAUGGAGCUAUAGACGAGAUUUCGGGUGGGACCAGCAGCAAAGUGUCGACCGGCGAAACGCUGAGAAGAGCGUCUACCUACGUCUUCCUGGCAGUGACCAUUCUCAUGGCGUUCCGGACGUUUGUCCUUGCAUUGGAGCACGGUAACAGUCCACCAGGGUACAACACCGAAAUCGAGCUGGGCAACUACACGAGCCCUAUAAGCAAUCCAGCCUUCGGCGCUCGGCACGGCAUCUUCGUCCUUGCUGCUAUAUCCAUCUUGCUCCUGGUUCGGGAUAUUUUCUAUACGGUCACGCUGGGUUCUACGAACGCUUCCAUGGAAGCGAAAGCGACCAACGAAACAUUCUUCUAUCCUUUGGUGGCGCUUCCCGAGCUACUGGCUGUGGUUUUGUUUGCCGUGCCAGGAUUGGUGCCAUCUAGGCGGGAGUUGCAGAUGUACUCAGCGAAGGCGUGA